AUGGAUACUGCUUCGCAAGCCAGUGUAUCCAUGGAGAUUUCUGAGCCAUCCACGACUCGAUUAUCGUCGAGGUCAUCUCCCGUCGCCAGCAUUGCUUCUUCUCGAAGGCGUCGCAGAUCCUACACACGUUCCUCAACUCGAUCCUCUAUCCUGUCAUCUACUGCCGAACCGAUUUUUGUAGCACCUCUUCCCGCCACCGCUCUCGCCCACUUCCUGGCCACCCAACUACUCUCAGCCGAUCCGGCUCGGACAUUACUUGAGCUCACGCAGAAUGCUCCUGGAGCUCCUCCUCCGCUUCUCGAGAUACUCCGUCAACGCGAGAACCAUGACGAGAUCCCCCCACCGACAGACCGCCUCAGUCUCCGCGCGGGCCUGGACCACAUUCAGUCCCACUUUCCUUCGGACAAGCAACUUCCCAACGUCAUCUCGAAUCCUUCGAUUGAGCGGCCCAACGUUGUCUAUACGGCCGAAGAGCUUCAAUAUCUCUUCACGGGCUAUACUUGCGAGGCCGAUCAACAUCUUCGACCGCACAUUGACCCUUUAGUCGAUCAAAUGGGUGACUACACGGUCACUAGUGAGUUUGACAUUGACAGCCUAGUGCUCUUCAGUCAACACCUCGGCGUCUUUCGGCAAGGCAUCCUGUGGUACCCUUCUCAGAUGCCUCUGGGAGCCCUAACCACGAGUAUGCACAUGAAGCCAAUGUUGGUCCAGUACUAUGACAGUCACGGCCAUUUCCAUCAGCGUCGAGUUCCGAUCCACCAUAUCCCGAACUAUUGUUUUGCUCGUCUCCCUGGGGCGGACGGAUUUACGGCGCAUUGGGUCUUCACGCGGCUUUACCAGCCGUCGUCGUUCAGUGUGGCGGAGAAAGAAGGACAGCGACUUACUGAUCGACAGUUUCAACAUUGGACCGAUCGUAUCUUACUCCCGAGCCUGCGUGAAUGCCUCCCUGCCGGCCGUCUUCACCAUCUUCCGGCCAGUUUCAAGCAAGCUCAAGCCAACGCUCGGGCCUUGCGUACGGAGACUCGAACCGCGGCCGUGGAUGCCGCCGUCCACCAUCAAAAUCUGCAGUACGAAAUCCCCGCCACCUACCUUCCCGCCAUCCAAGAGGCCAUCCGGCGCCGGGCCCAAGCGCCUGGCAAUCACGAAUUUCAAGACGCCUACAUCAUCAUUGUCGGUAAAGGGUUAAAGUUGCAGCCGUGGAAAACGGCUUCAUGGGCCACCACCAUCGACUGCUUUUUUCACUGGUUUGAGCGGCAGUUCGACCCUCGGCAUUUCAGCGAAGAUACAGUGCAUGUGGACAUUGGCAAAGAGACCCUCCCUCCCCCGUCUUGCAGUUUGCUCUGGCGCGAAGACUUCCUGCGCCUCUUUACGGCAUGCCUCCAAUCCUUAGACCCGGGAUCGCCCCGGCUAACGCCGACUCUUUACCCAUGGGGAUUUGUUCACGGAGUGGGAAGUGCUACUCUCGAACUACCGCUCGAAUGUCGACUCCGCGACGAGGGUGUCUCCUACAUCCAGCACUACUCGGAUUUCAAAGAGAUCUUCGCGGCGGGAAAUACCUAUCCUUUCUCUAACCGGGGGUUUUCUAGCCUCACGCUGAGCCCCGAAGUAAUGGCCACGUUCCAACAGAUCGGUGGGGCGAUCAUCGUCCAGCCGGACGUCCUAGCUCGUGCCUUCAUCCACAGUAAGCUUCGCUGCCACUAUGGGCUCUGGGCUUCGGCGACGGAGACGUUUGGAAAUCGCUGGGAGUGCCGCGUGACUCUCCGUCUCCUUCGACAGAUCGAUCAAUGCGCUCGCCGCCUCUCUAUCACCUUAGCCCCGUUUACCGUGACUCCUACCUGCUCUUGGGUCAUUCAUUCUACCGAUAUACUGGAAGAGUGGUAUCGCUUCAACCUGAACAAAUUCUGUUUCGGGUUCGAGACCCUCUACGGGCGCUGUCAGGAAAAGCCCUACAUCGCCUGGGAGCACACCCAGCUCAUGAUCCUCUUGCUUAAGUGCAUCUCGUGCUUUGCUGGAGUCCUAAUCCCGGGCUCGCGCGAGGCGAUCGCGCAGCGACAAUCCCGACAAGGGCUGGGUAUCGGAACGAAUCUACAAGUAUAUGGCUAUGGGUGGCUCGCGGACAAGAUCGAUUGGGAGAACUGGGUACUUCGUCCCGAGGUCAGUGGUCAAUUUCGGGUGCAAAAUGUGUCGAUCCUGGAGACUUUUCGAUCGCAUUAUCGCGAGCUACGUAACCACAUGGACGACUAUGUCUUGGUGGCCUCAUCCGUCUCGCUCCUGUCGCGGUGGAAGGAAUCUCCGAUCCACGUCGCAUUCAUCCUUCGACUCUUUCGGGCUAUCUGCCUCCGGGCAUUUCAGCGGGACGUCUUCCAGAUUCUUCGACCCUAUGUUCGCCCUGAUUACUGGGCCGAUAUUGUCAAAGGACGAAUCGGGCUAUCGGCCGACGCUCUCCACCGUGUCCUCGAUCCAGAGCGGGCGGCCACUCAUUUAAUGGUGCGGCCGUUUCAAAAGAUUCGUAACUUCCAUAGCCUUUUCCAGUGGCUAUGGGGGGAGAACGACGGCUUCUCUCGCGGGCCGUGGAGGCGACUCCCUUAUCGGAUGUUGUAUACCUUCUGUGGCCAGGUCAUCAUGGACAUCUUCGGCCGCGAAUACUAUCCGACAUGGCGACGUCAGUUUAGCAAACACGUUCGGAUCAAUUUCUGGUUCCUUCCUUACCCGAGUUUGAAAGCACUCAUUAGUCAUGAAUGCGGGAACGAUCAACGUCGACAGUUUCGAUGGUGGUCCAAUUACAACUAUAAACUCGCACAGCACCAUGGCGUGGACGCGAAUCGCGUUGUUCGAUGUCACCAGUGGAGUCGCUGGCCCAAGGGCCGCUGGUCAGUCACCCCGGAAUCCGAUGUGAUGCGAGGUUUACCGCGGCCUGACUUUCAUCUCGCGUUCCUCCGCCCGGAGCAGGUCUUCGAGCAGCUCCGCCGUCUCGAGGGGCACGAAGUCGAUACGGAUGCGGACGAGAUGAAUGAGGACGAAGAUGGGAUUGACGCCGAUGGGAUUCGUGACGAAUUUGGGGAACGUCGGCUGCCUCCUGAAGAGCAUGGCGGGUCAUCGAGUGAGCUCAGUGUUUUUGACUCGGAUGACUCUCAGCUCUCCGAGUACCAGGAUCGGCGGCGACUCCGGCAGGAGGAGAAGGUCCACCAACGGCAACGGCAGCGCCUCGGAAUCCUUCGGCGAUCUCUUCGCAUUGAGCAGCAAGCUUUCCGUCAAUCGAUCCCUCAUCACGAUCACCGCGCCAUGCCGGGCGAGGAGGAGGAAGGCGAGGGACAUACGGCCGAAACCUCCCCCCACCGAGACCUCGCCGAGAUGAUACGACGAUACGAUGAGAGACUGGCCCACCUUGAGGAGGAACAAAGACAACACGCUCAAGCGGCCUCCCAGUUGUCUCGUCGCCGCUCCCUCGGUCUUCGGCAGGCUCGAACACGACAACGAGUGCAGGUCGAGGAACGGCGAGCCCUCGAAGGGCGAACGCGAGCGGCUGAGGAAGCCCAGCAGCGAGAAUGA